AUGGCCGCCCAAUGGCCACCCCGAUCACCACACGACGUCCUCAUGAGCACCCCAGGCGGGCGGGAAAAGCUCCGACGCAUCGCAGAGCGCACCUCACCCUCACCAUCCCCAUCGCGACUCAGGACGUCGCGCUCCAUGGCUGCCCUGCCCCCCAAACCAGCAGCCGACGACGACGACGACGAGAUGUUUGAAGGCGGGGAACUAGACGACGAGGAGGACGACGAAGAGACGCUACAGCUCAAACUGCAGGCGAUCCAGGCGCGGUUAAAACUGAAGAAACUCAAGGCAGCCAAGGCGCUGAAGCGGAACAGCGGGACGCAAGAACCGAGUUCCGGGUCGGGAGAUGGAGGCGGCGGGAUCCCAUUACAGUCGAAGCUGGCAGUGGUGCGGGAUAGACUGGACAAACAACAACAACAACAGUCGCGCAACUCGAUCGAGGUGCCGGCCUCGCCCACCCGGCGACCGCAGUCGAUGACAGAUCUGCAGACGUCGCCUAGGAGGGUGCUGCUUGGGAUUGACAAAGGGCUGAGGGGCGCGGACGUGUCGUUGAAGAGGGCGCCGAUACAGCGAUCGGGGACGGAGUCACGGUUAGGUCAGCAGCAGGGGGGUGUCUUGCAGCGCGCGAAAUCGCCGCUGGAUGCGCCGCAACGGGAGACAAAGAGGCCGCUGAGUUUUAACGAGCGACUUGCGUCGGCACGGACAGAGGAGAUUGCCAGGAAGGAGAAGAGGGAAAGGGCACAGAAUGCGAGGACGACGGCGUUUAGUGUGGGGAAACAGGAGAUGGAGGAGUACAAGACAAAGGCCCAGGACCUCCCGGAGCUUCCGUCGAAACCGCAAGAGUUCUCGAGAGACCAGAUUCUUUCGUCCAUGGGGAAACCACCAGUGCCGCAAUUGCAGCGCAGCAGGACGCUUUCCGACCUCCGAUCAGGGACUACUGCUGCCCCCACCACCAACAUCACCAACACAUCGAGCUCGUUCUCAGCGGCUACGAACGGCGAUUCAGGUGCCGCCUUUGAGCCAUACUCGGGGCUUCAUUUGUCGAAGCGCAUCCUGCCGCAUAAUGUGCUGGCCCGCGCGGUCUCGGGAAAGAAGUCGUACCUGUUGAAAGACCUGCUCCGCCAGGUGAAAGCGCCCGACUGGUCUCUCCCCGACGACGAGACGGACAUUGUGGUGUUCGCCAUCGUCGCCAGCAAAUCCGACCCGCGGGACCACCGUCCGGGGCCAGGCGGAAACGGGAAAGCACAGCAGGACCGCGGCAAAUACAUGGUGAUCACGCUCGUCGAUCUCACCUACGAAGUCGACUUGUUCCUCUUCAACACGGGCUUCGACCGCUUCUGGAAGCUUACCCCGGGGACAAUAGUCGCCAUCCUAAACCCCAACAUCCUACCUCCAGUCCCCGGGCGCGAAGCAACCAACCGCUUCGGGCUAACCAUCAACUCAGACGCCGACACCAUCCUCGAGAUCGGCAGCGCCCGCGACCUCGGCUACUGCAAAAGCAUCAAAAAAGACGGCACCUACUGCAAGAGCUGGGUCAACUCGCGCCGCACCGAGUACUGCGAAUACCACACCAACGAAGCCGUCCGCAAAGCCCGCAGCUCCCGUGUCGAGCUCAGUUCCACAGCCGGCUUCGGCGGUGGCGACGGGCCCCGAGGACGCGCCAACUCCCGGCGCGUCUUUGCCAAAUCCGAAGAAGACCGCCAGCGCGGCAACUACGACCGCGCCACGCAGAGCCAGUACUUCAUCAGCACCGCGCACCGGUCCACCGAUCCAGACGACGAGCGUCUCACGGGUAUCGCCGACCGUAAAGAGCGCGAGGAACACCUCAAGCGACGGCUCGCGCAAAAAGAAAAAGAACGCGACAUCGCCCGGCGGCUUGGUGAGAUGGGCGGCGGCGCGGGGAGAGAUUACAUGACGCGUGCGGCCUCCCGCGCCAGCGGGACUACCUCGCGCGCUGGGGGUGGUGGGCCAGGGUCCAGUUUCUCGUCUGUGACGACCUCGUUUUCCUCUGCGCCCCCGCCCGCUUCGUCGGCUACCACAUCUGCUACUUCCUUUGGUUCCACUGCCCCAACACCCCCGGGCAUGAAACCAGACCUUCUCAACGACCCAAACAAUAUCCACCAACCACGCAAAUGGGAUGCUCGCGCGCUCGGCCUGAUCGGUAGGCGUGGAUCCGACCAGCCCAAAGUCAGCCUCGCUCCCCCGCCGAAACCUAGUGCCAAUGGUACAACGACAGGAUCAACAGCCGCCAAACGCAAACGGCCCGAGUCCUCCGGCUCAUCGUUUAGCAGUAACAGCGCGGGACAGCAGCAGCAGCAGCAGCAGAACGGCCCUGGCGGCGGUCGCGCGGCAUUGUCGCUGGGAUGGGGGAGUAAUUUGCGGGAUAAACUGGGAAGGAUGAAAGAGGGUCUCCCCAGACGCGGAAGCGCCAGUACAACCGCAACCGCAAGCGCCAUAGCAACCCGCCGAGGUGAUACCUCCCCCGUACGGAAAAAGACCCGGUUUGUCACAGAUCGCGGGAUUAAAGAGGCCGGACGCGAAAGUUUGGGCGAGACGUUGACGGGAGUGAGGAGGAGGGUGGUGGUUGUUGAUCAGGCGGGGGGGGAUGAGGAUGAUUUGGUUGUUUUGGAGUAG